AUGAAACCGACAGAAUAUUGGGCACGCAAUGCUUCUCGGGAUAAGCCUAAAUCGACCGGCGAGACAGUCCUGUCCAGUGUUGACGAGAAACUAACUCGACUACAGAAGGUUGGUAUUCUCCAAAUGACCAACUACUUGGUGUGGACUGCAUCGAUGAAAGUGUUCAUGAACACUAAUUGA